CCUUUCACACUUCCUCCGAUCCAACUUUUUUUUUUUUGGUCGAGCAACAGGCUUGCUUUCCGCAUCAUAUCAUACUUGUCGCUGAAACUUGACUUUGUCUGCAUUACCUGAGAAACACAUCAAACGACACAUGCCGUCCGACGAGCAAAACUCGCACGGCACUGGCCAAUCACUGCCGAAGAAGCAGCAAGUCUUUAAUGCAGCCCAACAAAAUGUCGGCCGUCCGCGAGGAAUGCGAGGUGGAAAGUCAGUUUCAGAGGUGGUGCGUCUUCUGCACGCCAACCUGGACAAAAAGCACGCAGGAGCGCCUCCCGUUAUUCCUCCAGUUGUGCGCAACCGCAUUGCGGCGUUUGAAGGACCGGAAGUGGGGAAAAUUCAAAAGAAACUUGAACCAAAGAUUACCCAAAACAUGCUCAAGCCUCCUAUGACACCCUCACGCAGAGCGGCUAUCGCAGCCAGAAGGGUGACCAGAGCUACUUUUGCUGAAUUGAAAAAUGGUUUUGAGGAAGACGGUGAUGGACAUUUGGUACGUCCCGAGUGGCCUGAUGUAAAGGCAAGGAAGGCUCUUUUCGAACCGAUUUCUGGGGAAAUCAACGGACAGGACAACGUCCCUGGUCGCAAGGUUCCAAGGACUCCUACGCGCAAAAGCCGCCGCUUAACUACGGGAAGCAUGUCCGAUGAUUUUGCACGCAAGAACAACGAAGAGUUCACAGGCGCGCUUCUCUCGGUGGAAAACACGUUGAAAUCCGAGGCCAUUACAUACCCUUCUCCAUUUGAUGAUGUCCCAGCUGCUAGUGAUGAUAUGAAGGAAACUCAAGAUGAUAAUGUCCCAACGACUCCAUCAAAAUCCAAAUCGACUGUAGCUCGGUCGGCGCGUAAACCCAAGAACGACGAAUCGUCUAAAGAACCUUCCGACGAUGCAAUCACGCCGCCAAAGAUACACGCUGGAGCGGAAGAAACGAUGGCUACACCGCGCACUCCGACUAGAUCCGCUGCUCGAGGGUCAGCCCGCAAGCCAAAACGUAACGAUGACAUGGAUCAGUCGACUUCUGACGAGCAAAAACAGCUGGCAGCAACGGGAAGCCCAUCACGUCGCCAGGAUGCUGUUGAUCAGCUGAAAAAGGACGAAGGAGAGUCUGGCUGCCCUCCGUCUCCUCGUCCCAUCAAAACGCCAACUCGGGCCUCUGCACGAAUUGCUGCUUUGAGCAGCAACGGGCGAAGCCCCAGGGUCAACAGAGGUCCAAUUCCGCAGCCAGACUUUUCGCAGAGCCAGGAUGCCAUGCAAGUAGAUUCUCUUCCACCACGUUAUCCAGAGAGCGCUGGAAAGCGUAAGAGGUCCUCACAACCCACAAUGGAAGAAAGUGACCAGGCUACGGUCUUUACGGAAAAAGCGUCUAGGGCAACAAAGAGGCAUCGGACGCUUGUGCUCACACCUUUGAAGGAGGCGCCGUGGCCGCCAAAGGUGAAUCAAACGCGACAAAAUAUUCUAGUCAACAAAGAGGAGGAAAGCAAGAAGACAGCAGAUCUUUGGGAAGAUAAUGUCAAUGGAAAUAUGGAAGAUGAUGAUAGCGAUGAGGAAAACGUCUGCGAAGAAAAUGGCAAUGAAGACAUGGAAGAUGUUGAUAGUGAUGAGGAGAACGCUGGCUGGCUCAUGUCCAUCUUUUUGAAAACUGCACGUGGAUUAGGAUUGCGGUGAGCAAGAUCGCUCCCAUGCGUAUGGUUGCAGUUUGUUUCUUGGGGCGUACAAAUGUAUUAUAAUAAUCGCGUUACCUGGCUUGAUGAUUGCUUACGAGAUGCUGCCGCGUUAAGUCGGAGUUUACAAACAAGACGGCAAUUUGUGGUGGGGGGCAACUUGCAUUUACCACCUUCACUGCAACACUUCCAAGGCUCCAAGAGUAAUUUUAGCGUAACAGAGACACUGUUGAUAUCGUCCGACA